UGGCGCAAACCACAAUCCCAUCACUAUUUUUAUCCCAUACGGUUUAAAGUUGUCGUUUUUUAAUUAUGAUAUGAAAAUAAAAUGUAAUGACGUACAAAAUAUUAUUUAAUUACAUAUAGAAUACGUAAUUGUAUAUAUAGACAUAGUAAAUAUUUUAGCGUUAAUGUAAAAAAUAAUCAAAAUUGGUGACCUUGAAAGCUUACAGCUGUCAAGCGAACUAACCUAACCACUAUUUAGUUGAAAAUAUGAAAUAAACACAAGUGUUUUUUUAAAAAUUACAAACAUGAGGAACGUGGGUACUCAUCUCUUGGAGGACAAGAUGGACGAGGCAGUCAACCAGUAUAUAAAUUCUCAUCAGGCAAGCCAGCCAGUGCAUGUGAACACCAACCCGCUGGCUCUCAAUGUACAAGAUGAUGGUGGGAGAGUCACAGUCAUGCACACGCAGAACUUCACUACACAAAUGUGCAGACAAGUACCAGUUGGCGAGCCGGUUCCCGAAGGACAAUGGGGCGAAGAGCUACUGGACUCGGACAGCAAGAUCGCGGCCAUCGUGGCCCAGUUGGCCCAACAUUCUCGCGCUUCCCACCACCAGCCCCAUCACAAAGUGCAGACAGUCAGAAGUGACGUGGAUGCAUCUGUCAUACUCGACGGGUCCAUGAGGCUUUUCAAUGCGCAGUCUUUGGAUCAGCCAGAAAGUAUAGUAGUCCACGUGCCCACGCUGCCUCCUCUGCCGCCGCUGCAGGAGAUGAAGAGAUGCCAGGAAACCGCCUGGUUCAACAACAAAACUAAGACCGUAGUGCCGCUAAAGGAUGACACGCCGAUGCUAGGAGAAUCUGACAGUUCAGUAUUGGAGCUGGGCCCGGGCGCGUCCCCCGCGCAGCACAAGCAGCACAACAAGAAGAGCUUGCCGCACAAGAAGAGGAUAUCUAGAAAGCUUAAGAAGAACAACGGCAGUAGUACACCACAACAGGGUAUAGUAGUUAUUAACUGCAACGAAGAUGUGCAGCAUGAAGAGAUCCUUCCGGACAACUUCGUGACUGCUGUGCAGCAUCAGGAACAGCUGCCGGAGGACACUCAUCAUAUCACGCAUGAGGUGCGUGCGAUCCUGUUGUGCCAGCUGUGCGGCGAGUUCUACGGCGAGGACCAACUCAAGUUCUACCACCACCUGAAGCAGCACUACGAGCCGCAAGCCAUUAUCAUAGACAACCCUGUACCUGAUUUAGCUAUAGAUAAGAUAACAAAUACCUGUAUAGUAGACAACGUAGCAACACUGCCAGACUCAAUCGUAGAACUGUCUUUAGAAAACACAGUGCCCAAAACAGUGUACCAAAGCAUAGACAAACACAUCCUGUACACGUCGAGCGAUAAGACGCUCAACUACGCUUCUAAUAAGGUGCAAUACUCAAUGGCGAGUAUGGACAAGGAACCCCACACGGUUGACAAGGCGGAUUUGUACGACACAUUGGAUAAACUCGAGUUGUAUAACUGUGCGAAGUGUAACAAGACGUUCAGGAAGCAGAAGCAGUUCGAGGCUCAUGUGAAGGAGGCGCAUUCAAAUACUAAGUUAGAAGAUAUGGGAGAGUUUAGCGAGCCCGAGGACUUGAUGGAGGGGAUCCAUGUGACGGUAGACGUCGACGCGGAACAGCCGGAUCGCUCGCACCCUGGGGCCGACCCCACGGACCCCGACUAUGACCUCGCGUUGCUGCCGCAUCUCACCGUGGAGAAUGGACACGUGCACCAGGACCACGUCAGGCACUGGUACCUCCGCGGCGGUUCGUGCGGCGGUUCGUGCGGCGGCGCGGGGUGCGGCGCGGGGUGCGGCGCGGCGUGCGGCUCGGCGUGCGCGCCGGGCGACGCGUACUGCGCCGUGUGCAACGUGCCGCCGCCGCACACCAACACGCAGACCAACACCACACACACCAUGACGAUCACCAACCCGCCCAGGGAACACGAACAGCCUGCUAUGAAGAUGAUACUUAAAGAGGAAGUCCUCCAACGGAUAUUGGACACGAGUGUGAACAACGAGCAUGUAAUACCAGACAAUGUGAUGGUGACUGAAGACCCGCCACCACCUUCAGAGUCCCAGCCUACCACCAAGACCAGCAAGAAGAAGGGCACCAAGAAGUACUCGUGUGGUCAGUGCGGCCGCGUGUUCGACCACCGCAGCAGCCUGCUGUACCACGUGCUGUCCCACGGGGGCAGGCAGCAAGUGUGCCGGGACUGCGGGAAAGGGUUUUACACCGCCGGCGCUUUGAAGAUCCAUCGUCGCGUGCACAACGGCGACCGUCCGUACAAGUGCGACGUGUGCGGACGAGACUUCCGGCAGUGGAGCGACCUCACGUACCACAAGGCCAUACACUCCAAACAGAAAUGUUUCAAAUGUGAGUUCUGCGGCAAGGAGUUCGCGCGCAAGUACUCGCUGAACGUGCACCGCCGCAUCCACACCGGCGAGCGCAACUACAAGUGCGAGUACUGCAACAAGAGCUUCCGCGCCUCCUCCUACCGCCUCAGCCACAUGCGGACCCACACCGACGACAGGCCGUACAAAUGCGACCAGUGCGACAAGUGUUUCCGCGUCGCGUUCGACUUGCGCCGGCACUUCCUCACGCACGAGAAGGCGCGCAACAGGUUCGAGCAGCAAAAGACCAAGAUCAAGGAGGAGAAAGAGGGAGAAAAGCCAGAGGAGGACACCAAAGAACCACCGCCCAAGGUCAAGAAGAUCGCCGUCGCGUCCACCACCAGGCUACCGACCAUCCUCAAAGUCGAUAAGAAACAAAAACCGUCGAAAAAGAACGCCAAAAAAGGCGCACCUAACGUCACCGUAGGACAAACUAAUGGCGAGUUCAAACUUAAUUCUGAAUAUACAAACAAUGUUGAAGUGUUCGACACUAGGCAAGAAGGAUACAAUAAGUUUAAAGACGUGUAUAAUGAAUACAAGGAGACGUUCAAACAACCUGGCGACUUCAAAGAGGAGGAUACUGACAGAGACUUUGCGAUACUUAAACCGAUGCUGCAGCGUAACGCGUUAGAACCCGAUAAGCCGGUGUACGCGCGGACUGAGAAUACUGAUGGAAAAAUGCAGAUCUACACCCAUGUAGAGAAGAAGGAGUAUGCAAGUCCGAUAGUCCAGAAUUCUCAGGUGCUAGGUGACGCCAGGCAUAUGGAGCGGGAAGUGAGGUCCGACAUGACGGCCGAUGGUAUCGAACACGGGUUUCUAGAAAGGUUAACGGCUUUGUACAAUAUACCCGCAGUCUGAGUUUAGCUGUAACAAAUUUAGUUAAAUUUUUAGUUAGUGAAAAGGGAUGUUUGCGUAGUGUGCUAAGAUCAAUUCGAUUUAUGUUCGAAAUAAAAAGAAAAUGGUUCGGAACAAUUGUGGUAACUAUUAGAUAUCUUGCUGGUCAUUAUUUAGACUGUUCUUUAUUUAUUAUUAAGUAAGGUGGUCUUGUCGCCGUAAUAACAACUCUAACUUUGUUGCCCCACUCGACAACUCACCUACAAUUGCUGACAUUUUGGGUAUUAGUGGAGAUUACCUAAAUACGAACGUUCUCCCUUCAGCUUACCAUAGGUAUAAUUAUAGAAAUAUACGUUAGUUUACACAUGUUUAUAAAUUAUUUUUUUUUAUGUCAAGGUACAAGUUGAGGGAUCAGUAAAUUGAUUAAAUCAAACACAAACAUCCCGUUUCGUUAAUGUUAUAGUCUGAUCUUGUCCGACACCGAAUUUCCAAUUUUAUAUCGAUAAUGGGUCUGUAUACUCUAUGGCAAUCGGAUAUCGGAUUUAUGUAAAAUAUGUAUUACACGCAUUUAUCCCCGAAACGAUAUUAUGUAGAGGCGCAACUAGGGCACAAACUUUUCGCCAAGUGUGUUCCGUCCCAUGAUGUGAUCGGGGGCGAGCCUGUCGUCAUAUUUGUGCCGCCGUACCGCUCAACUUUCGUUUAUGCUAUAGCAUAUUUUAAAUAAACACGUAUGUGUUCAUAUUAUGAAACGGUCUAAGAAUUAUUCUGAUCAGACAAACAUAAGACCAUAGACAACGAGAUAGACGUUUGUCAUAGAGAAUUACAGCUCUAAAUAUGACCAAAUAAUGCCUUAUGUUAAUGCUUUCAGCAUUUUUUUUUACUUGUAUUAAAAGCCUUAUAAUAAGCAAUAACAAUAUGUAUAAAAAUCAGCACUUUUAAACAAAGAAUUUAUAUAAAUUUUAUUAUAGCAUUAAUGCUAAUGAAAGUUAUGAUUGUCGAUAAAAAUAACAAUAUUUCCAAUGUAUGCAACGUUUUACAUAAUAUAACAAAUGUCAACACCUAAAAAAUUUUUAGGACAUAAUAUUGGAUUUACUAAAGCUUGACCAAAAUGAAUACUGGUCAAUAUUUUAUCGAUAAACAGUAACUAUUUUAACAUUUACAAGAAAUCAAUAAAACGUAUGUGUUCAAGGGCCGAUAUUGAUAAAUUAAAAAGCUUGUAGUACUUAAGACAUUUAAACUCAGCCUAAACAAAAAUAGUUACACCAUUUUAUUGUGAACAUUGUGUCGAGCACAUUAUCGAUAAACUAGCAUAAUAUCGUGUACUAUAGUGAUAUUCGUGUAAUAAUAUUUUUUAAUAAUCGACUGAUAUUUUUUAUAAAACGUGCCAAUGAGCUGUAUAUCCACAUUGUAUAUAGUAGAGUUUAUUUAAUUUUAAUACGUGAACGUAUGGUGGGCUUUCACAGUGAUUUAUCGAUAUUAUAAUGUCUUAUUUGGUUCGUUUAUUUUAGAAUUCGGUGUUUAUAAAACAUUUUAAUAUUUUUUGUAUUGAAAUUAUAAAUAGCCGAUUAAAGAGUAGGAAGUACGGGUGAGAUUAUUUUGAAAAAAAAAAAUUGGUAAAAAUAUUACAGUUAUUAAAGUAACCAAAUUGUUCGAGAUGCGGACUUUCAAUAAUUCGGGAAUAAUUAAUUUAUAUGAAGCUUUAAGUCGAGUUUUUCGGGAUCGAAUUUGUAUUUUAUUAGUAUACAAGUUAACAGUGAAAGAAUUUUCUUAAUCGGUGCAUAAGUUACAAACAUUUCUUUUUUAAAAUAUUAUUAUAGAUAAGCACUGCAUUUUUAAUGUAUACUUUUCACACCCAAGUUUAUAUAUCUGUAUGCAUUCUUUAUGAUACCACGAAUUAAAUUAGGCACAAAUAUUAUUUUUAACCCAAUAUACUUUGUACCUAAGAUCCGUUUUACCUACUCUGCCUUGUGGGGAACCCUAAUAGCCAAUACAUGCGGAGCGGCGACAAACCCAAAAUUAGAUCAUAUUGCAACAAUUUGUGAUAGACCUUUGGGGUCUCCGUAAUGUAAAGACUGCCUUUGUAGCAUAGUAAUGCUUACACGGUACGAGUACGGCUACUGCGCUGAGGGCCUGAGUUCGAAUCCCUGGUCAGGCCAAAAUAAUUAUGACUGGGAUUUUCCAUCUUAAAAAUUACUCAGUCGCAGCUCGCAGUCGGGAAGCUGGCGGUGUGAUUCUCCCGUGCCUCGGAAAGCACGUAAGGCCGUUGGUCCUGCGCCUGAUCUCUCUCUGGUCAUGUCGGAUUGCCGUCUCACCGGACUAUGAGAGUGAAGGAACAGAGAGUGCUUGUGUAUUAUGCACACACUUGUGCACUAUAAUAUAUCCUGUGUACUUCCACACUUGUGCACUAUAAUAUAUACUGUGUGCUUGCACACUUAUGCACUACGGUAUCUCGUGCGUACCUGACUGAUCUCCGAUGAGAUUGGCUGCCGUGGCCGAAAUUCGACUAGAAGCGUUUCAUUCUAUGUAAAGAACGGAAAAUUGACACUAAUAUAGUAAUCAAAUUUUAAAACAUUGUAAGAGUCCAACCUCGUUCUGUCACUUAAAAAUGUCUUUCAUUUAGCUAUUGUUAAAUAAUUUUACCGUUAUUUGAGUUUUAAACAUAAUAAUCAACAGGUCAGUUUCAUCACUCAUUGAGUAUUUUCUGUGCCUCAUGAUGAGGAAAGUUCGAGAUAAUAUUUUUCUUGCAACUUGCAACUACACCAUUGCGGACACAUAGUUGAGGUAUUAAACAAGUUAUAAAGCAUUUAUAUUAAUAUUGUUGUCAAUUAAUCCAAAGUUGGUAAUGUUUAAAAGUUGCAAAUGCUCUUGUCAAGUUGCAGAGGAUAUAUUGACUUAUCAUGAUGAUAUGCUUGAAAGGUAAUCAGUGCGUUGUAACUCCGGAAUGGGAUCUAUUCUGAAGGUAUUACAUGAUUUUUUAUGUUUACGCGAAUUCUAGACAUUAAAAUUAAACAAUUUUUCGGAUUUUAUUGCGAUAACUUAAUUAUCAAAAUGGUCAAAAUAUAAUAAAAAAUAGUUUUAAUUGAAAAAACAAAGCCACACAACAAUUUUAUAUCAAAUAAAGUGACUUUUAAAAAUGAUUCGCAAAUUAUGAAUCAAUUUACAAGGCAAUACACUCCCUAUAAGAAAUGGGAGAGAUUUGAUCAUUCUUUAUAAUACAAUUUCUGAUCCGAAUUAAAAAAAUUGAAUUGAAUUUUAAGUGACCAACGUAGAGACGUAAAAAUAGUACGUAAGAACAAAGCUUCAUUCCAAUUUCCCGUACAACAAUGGUAAUCCACUGCCUGAAAAUUACAGGGUGUUUACCCCGGUCGGGAUGGCCUAACCUGCAGACAAAACUGGGUACAAAGUAAAACUGUUUACAAGCCCUGUUAAAACUAAACUACCUCUAUGGCUAUUCUAAAUUGAUUGACAGAUAAAAUAACUAUAAAAAUUAAACUUAUAAAAGUAUUAGAAGUGCCUUCAGAAUUACUUCCCUCAGUUUUGACAACGGUACAUUGUUUUAAUUUGUAAGUUUUUAUUUGUAAAUAUUAAUUAAUUUAUAAUAAAAUGAACAACUGAAAUACGUUUCCCGUUA